AUGGCAUCCAUCAACAUACCCAUAAUCAUCAAGCCUUCCAAGCCGCACACCCACACAGUCAUCUUCCUCCACGGCCGCGGAGACAACUCGCGCGACUUCGCCGACUCGCUGUCAUACUCGCAAAACUCGCGCAAGCGCACGCUCGCGCCGCUGCGCAAGUGCACCAGCCUGCCCGACACAAUAUUCCAGUGGUUCAACGUGUGGGACAUGAGCAACUUCUCCACAAACGAAAAGCUGCAGCUCGACAAGCUGCGGAAGAUCAUCCCCGCCGUCCACCGCAUCUUAGCCCGCGAGGCCGCGCUGCUGGGCGGCCGCGCCGAUCGCCUGGUGCUGGCGGGCAUUAGCAUGGGCGGCGCGACAGGUGCGCAUGUCUUGUUCAACCUGGGCAUACCGCCGAAUGCUAGUGGAAAACUCGACGCGUUCAUCGGCUUCUCGAGCCAGUGUCCGUUUAAAGGCCAAAACCUCGCUAGAAUCAGGAGUGUUCUCAGUCUCAAGAACGUCCCGGAUAAUAACAAUGUCAUCCGAAAUACGCCUGUGCUGCUUGAGCACUGCGUCGACGACCCGCUCGUGUUGAUCCAGAGGGGGAGAGCCUUGCGGGAUACCUUAGUUGGGUUCGGCGCGCAGAUUGAGUGGAAAGAGUAUCCCAACGGAGGACAUUGGUUCAAUUCGCCAACUGGUAUAGACGACGCCGUGGGUUUUCUCAACAGGCAUCUUGGAGAGGAUAGCUUCUCGGGCGGCCCUACACUUCUGCGCCAAGCCUCGUCAAAUGCGAUGGAUCUAUCAUAA